UUGAACAAAAUGGAGGAUUUAAAAUAUGACAGCACGGAGCGCCUGGCUGUGGACUACGUGGAGGGGAUUCUGCAGCCCACGCCCACCUGUGACACCUGGGAUCAGAUCUGGAACUUCCAAGCCAGGCCUGAUGACCUGCUCAUUUCCACCUACCCGAAAGCAGGAACAACCUGGACGCAGGAGAUCGUGGACUUGAUACAAAACAAGGGUGACAUUGACAGAAGCCAGCGGGCACCUACUCACGAGCGAUUCCCCUUCAUCGAGUGGAAAAUCCCGGGCAUGGAAUCUGGCUUGGAACAAGCUAAUGCAAUGCCCUCACCACGGAUCCUGAAGACGCACCUUCCCAUCCACUUGCUGCCACCAUCCUUCCUGGAGAAAAACUGUAAGAUAAUCUCCGUAGCAAGAAACCCCAAGGACAGCAUGGUGUCUUAUUACCACUUCCACAGGAUGAAUAAAGGGCUUCCCGCUCCAGGAACCUGGGAAGAGUACUUUGAGAGUUUUCUGGCUGGGAACGUGUGCUGGGGCUCCUGGUACGAGCACGGGAAGGGAUGGUGGGACGCCAAGGACCAGCACCGCAUCCUCUAUCUCUUCUACGAGGACAUGAAGAGGAACCCAAAGCAUGAAAUUCUGAAGCUGGCAGAAUUUAUUGGAAAGAACCUAGAUGAUAAAGUUCUGGAUAAAAUUGUCCAUUACAGUUCAUUUGACGUCAUGAAGCAGAACCCAAUGGCAAACUACACGUCGAUUCCAGCUCCAUUCAUGAACCACUCUAUUUCUCCAUUCAUGAGAAAAGGGGCCGUGGGAGAUUGGAAGAAUCACUUCACUGUGGCCCAGAACGAGAGAUUUGAUGAAGAUCACAAGAGGAAGAUGGCUGACACCACUCUAACUUCCCACAUCCGAUUCUUGUAA